AUGUCUCCGUCCCCUCCCCUGCCCAGCCGCCGCCGGCCGUCCAGCUUCCGCUCGGUGGACUGGCUUUCCCAGAGCAGCCGCGGGGGGCCGUCACCGCCCUCCAGGCCCGCUGAAGCCCCUCGGGGGGGCCUCUCCGCUCCCGCCAGAGGGUGCAGCAGCGGGGAACCCCCGCACGGUGCGGGCGUGGAGGAGGCCAAGUCUUCAGAAGCGUGUGCGCCCGGGACGCCCACGGCUGGGUGGGGCGGGGACGGCCUGCGGGUGCCCCGCGUGCGCACGGCCUUCACCGCAGAGCAGCUCAGCACCCUGGAGAGCGCCUUCCGGCAGCGCCGCUACCUGGGCCCCCUGGAGCGCCGGCGCCUGGCCCGCGACAUGCGGCUCUCAGAGGUGCAGAUAAAAACCUGGUUUCAGAAUCGCCGGAUGAAACACAAACGCCAACUGCAGGACUCGCAGCUGAGCGGCCCCUUCCCCGGGGGGCUCCACCCUCCAGUGACCUUCUGCCCUCCUCCCCCUGCCCUGCGCAGUGGCCUGCGGCUGCUGUGUCCUUGGGCGCCCCCGCUGGGGCCUCCAGCUCUGGGGCAGCCUCCUGGCCCCUUCUGGGAUCUCUGCCGGGUGGAUCGAGCCUCCGUGGCCUUAGUGUGGGCCUCGUGCAGCAGACAGCCUCCCACGUGCUGCCUCCCGGACCCGGGGGGCCAGGAGCUGGGCCCGGCCUUGGCCUUGUCCAGGGCGCCCUGGGGCCUGUGUGCCCUGCCCCAGACCGGGGAUGCCUUCUGA